GCUGGAGCGAUACGCGACGAGCAGCCCAAGCACUCCUCCUCCUCCCUUUUCACCCGCCACUCUCUCCUUCCCCUUCCCCCCCUUCUUCACUUCGCCCUUUCCCUUUCCUAUACAUACUCACCCUUCCCUCCUCUUCUCUCGGUCUGCCACCCAGCCAUGGCCGCCGUACUUUCUCCAUCACAUUACGGGCCCGCGCACGGCAUACUCAUCAACCGUUCGCCCUCCGUCUCGCCCUACCACCAUUCCGUGCCAUUGCCCCCCUUAGUCCCCUCAAAUCCUUCCCUCUCGUCAUCUACAUCCUCGGCCUCUGACCUUGCCACCGACUCCGACUACUAUUCAUCAAGCAGCGCGACAACGUCAAGCCGUCCAGGUCGCCUGCCCCAUGAUGCCCACGAGUCCAAGCCGCGCUCCGGCUCAGCACCCAACUCGCGUCGCAUCCGCUUCGCUCCCCUCCCUGACCCUCGCCGUAACAUCUUCAUCGCAGUCGGCGCCAACCCCGACCUGCCCUCCGUCCUCCUUGACGACGCCGCGGGCGACGACGAGCAAAAGCCAAGCCAGAACUUCGAUGCGCCGUCCACCGGCGAACCCGCGACGCCAAGUUUCAAGGACCAAUACGCCAAGGUCAAGUCGGCGCCCGCCGGCUCGCUCCUCUUUCGUCCUGACGACCUCGCCGCGGCGGGCUCGACCCCGACGCUGGGGAGCACCGCCACCAUCACUCCUCAUUCCGCGACCUUCCCAUCUGAGCUCGGCGGCGAGUGGAACCACGUCCCCUACUCGCCCCGCCCGUCUAGCCUAAACUUCCCCGACGACAUCCCUCGGAGAUCCAACAGUGCAUCUGCGAAAUGGUCGAAGAAGUUCCUCAAACCGCUUCUGGGGCCCUUGGCGUCAUCGUCGGGCAGGGGACGCUCCACCGACGACCUUCGCACCCCGGGUUCCACCACAAGUCUCAACAGCAUGGUGCCGCUCACGCCCCAGAGUACAGGUGGUUCCACGGUGGACAGUCGCCGUCCAGCCAUUACCUCGCCCAGGCCCUUGGACAAGAAGUCCAAGAAGAAGCGCGAGAAGGGCCCUGAGCCCGAUUGGGUGCGCGAAUUUGGACAACCCCUCUACCGCUGGUCGAGUGAAGACCCGACGCUGAGCAAGAAGGGCCGCGUCUCGGAGAUGCGGGAAGCGGCAUCAGACAGUGCAAAAGAGCGUGACAGCCGCCCUCGCUCGAGAAGUGCGAACGGCACUCGGCUGCUCAACGGGCGCGUCUACGGUGCCAAGAGGUUUAACAACGCCAACCCCUUCGCCAAUGCCAGAUCCGAGGAGCCCAGGUUCGUCGAGUGGGGCUAUGGCGGUAUGGGCAGCGUACAAUCGAACGGUGUCGGCGCAAAUAUCUGGGCAAAGGUCCAGUCCAGCGGAGGUGUCAGUGUUGGCGCGCAUGAAUCCGCGAGCAAAUCGCGUCCAAGCUCAGCUCGCGACGAUGACGAUGACGGCAGCGGGAUGGCCUGGGUGCAGAAGCGGCGCGCACGGAAAGAACAAGAGCGGAAGAAGACGGAGAGUUCUGAGCAGACGACGAGCACGGUAGCGGAGGAGCCGCCACCUGCGACCGAGCCUCAUGCGAGUGGAUCUGAUUUUGACCCGCCGGCCGGGAAGGAGGACACCGCGCCGGAGCAGGUGUUGUCGGUUUCGCCUACCCAGCUGGACGCGGCUCUUCCGGAAGGGAGGGAUACGCCAACGAAGGAACAGCACAUGCUCCAGGCCGUGACGCUGCCGCCUGUUCAUCACCAUCAUCACCAUCGUGGGCCCUCGUAUGGUACGCUGGAGAGGGUGUCAAGUGCGAUCAGGGUCGAGGCGGAACGUAAAGACAGCACUGACACUGUACGCGACCAUCGCCUGCACCCCGCUCAGGAACAACAACAGGGCGCCGAGGUGACCGCAGAGGUCGAGGACGCCAGACCGCGUGCAGAUAGCGUGAGCUCCAAGACCAGUGCGGAGUCUAGCUCGAGUUCUAGCUCGGGCAACGACGACGCCGAUGAGGAGGACCUCGAGAGCCCGCAGGGCGGCGAGGAGGAAGAUGAGGAGGACAUGGACGAGGAACUCGAGGUUCGUUCAUCUUGCAGUUGUACCCAUCGCUCCUGGCGCGUGCCCAGGAGUUACCCCGGGCGUCGCCCGACGAUCGUUCGGUCAUCCGCUGUAUGUGGGCUUUGCGCUGACUGCAUGUGUUCACAGGAGCGUGCCCGUCUGACUGCCCUCGGCGCUGGAGUUGAGAAGAUCAGCCGGCAUAAGGAGAGCACGCCAGUGCCGGAGGCUGGUCCUGAAUAAGCGCCGGAUCGCCGUGUAUUAUAGCCCGCUCGAGCGAUCGCUUUGCACUGCAGAGCAACGCUCCGAGCCGACCAAAACGGAGCGGCCAGAUGCGCCGCGGGAACACGGAGGGCGCGCCAUGAGCGAUGGGAUGGGGAGAGGGCACCGUUAGGGUGCUCUCGUGCAGUAGAUUGUGCC